CAGAAAGACCACCCAAAUUAAUAUAUAUGUGAUUCGACGAGUACGUCGUAAUCAAUGUAAUAGUGUAAUAUUAUUAACCAUCACAUUACAAACACCAUCAUCAUCUUGUCAUUGGAGACAAAAUCAAAAAAAAACAACAACAUUUCAUUUGAUUAUUGUCAAUCAUUUGAUCAAGAUCAUCGUCAAAAAAACCAAAAAAAUGGUAUUCAUAUUUUAUAUACAAACAAAUUCACGUGGAACGGCUGAAUUUCGUUUAAGAUGGCGUAUACUUUAUGAUAUUGAUGUUAUUAUUGAAAUUGAUAUUGGUGGACCAUCACCAACAUCAAAUAUUUGGAAAAUUCAAAUACCAAGACGUUUUCUUUUAAACGGUAUUAACCUUUCACACUAUAAUCAUAUAUCAUAUUACAUUAUUUUUUUUUUAUUUCGAAAAAUUCCAGUUCCAAGAAAUUGGAAUGAUAUUCUUUAUACAUUAGAAAAUCUAAUGUAUUGUUCAAUAAGUGGUGAACAAUUUUCCGAAUUAGAAUCCGGUAUAAUUAUCGAGGAAGAAAUACGUACAGAUAUGCGUGAAUAUUAUCAAAAUCAUGGUUUUGAACCACGUAAACCAUGGGCAAUGGUUAUAAGAGCUGCUUAUGCACGAAAAGAUUUUGUUUGGAAUUAAAAAUUUUUGGAUUUUUUU